AUGCAUAGUCAAGAUCGUUACAAUCUGCUUUGCGUUAUCAGGUUUAGAUUGAACGUUAUUCACUUUUGGGGUUUGGGUUUGGGUUUGGGUUUGGGUUUGGGUUUGGGUUUGGGUUUGGGUUUGGGUUUGGGUUUGGGUUUGGGUUUGGGUUUGGGUUUGGGUUUGGGUUUGGGUUUGGGUUUGGGUUUGGGUUUGGGUUUGGGUUUGGGUUUGGGUUUGGGUUUGGGUUUGGGUUUGGGUUUGGGUUUGGGUUUGGGUUUGGGUUUGGGUUUGGGUUUGGGUUUGGGUUUGGGUUUGGGUUUGGGUUUGGGUUUGGGUUUGGGUUUGGGUUUGGGUUUGGGUUUGGGUUUGGGUUUGGGUUUGGGUUUGGGUUUGGGUUUGGGUUUGGGUUUGGGUUUGGGUUUGGGUUUGGGUUUGGGUUUGGGUUUGGGUUUGGGUUUGGGUUUGGGUUUGGGUUUGGGUUUGGGUUUGGGUUUGGGUUUGGGUUUGGGUUUGGGUUUGGGUUUGGGUUUGGGUUUGGGUUUGGGUUUGGGUUUGGGUUUGGGUUUGGGUUUGGGUUUGGGUUUGGGUUUGGGUUUGGGUUUGGGUUUGGGUUUGGGUUUGGGUUUGGGUUUGGGUUUGGGUUUGGGUUUGGGUUUGGGUUUGGGUUUGGGUUUGGGUUUGGGUUUGGGUUUGGGUUUGGGUUUGGGUUUGGGUUUGGGUUUGGGUUUGGGUUUGGGUUUGGGUUUGGGUUUGGGUUUGGGUUUGGGUUUGGGUUUGGGUUUGGGUUUGGGUUUGGGUUUGGGUUUGGGUUUGGGUUUGGGUUUGGGUUUGGGUUUGGGUUUGGGUUUGGGUUUGGGUUUGGGUUUGGGUUUGGGUUUGGGUUUGGGUUUGGGUUUGGGUUUGGGUUUGGGUUUGGGUUUGGGUUUGGGUUUGGGUUUGGGUUUGGGUUUGGGUUUGGGUUUGGGUUUGGGUUUGGGUUUGGGUUUGGGUUUGGGUUUGGGUUUGGGUUUGGGUUUGGGUUUGGGUUUGGGUUUGGGUUUGGGUUUGGGUUUGGGUUUGGGUUUGGGUUUGGGUUUGGGUUUGGGUUUGGGUUUGGGUUUGGGUUUGGGUUUGGGUUUGGGUUUGGGUUUGGGUUUGGGUUUGGGUUUGGGUUUGGGUUUGGGUUUGGGUUUGGGUUUGGGUUUGGGUUUGGGUUUGGGUUUGGGUUUGGGUUUGGGUUUGGGUUUGGGUUUGGGUUUGGGUUUGGGUUUGGGUUUGGGUUUGGGUUUGGGUUUGGGUUUGGGUUUGGGUUUGGGUUUGGGUUUGGGUUUGGGUUUGGGUUUGGGUUUGGGUUUGGGUUUGGGUUUGGGUUUGGGUUUGGGUUUGGGUUUGGGUUUGGGUUUGGGUUUGGGUUUGGGUUUGGGUUUGGGUUUGGGUUUGGGUUUGGGUUUGGGUUUGGGUUUGGGUUUGGGUUUGGGUUUGGAGC